UUACCCGUGACAUCAUCCACCACUCCUCUCUAGCUAAAGAAGGAAACAAACAUCCAUCCAGAAGAGGACAGGACACGGCGAGAGGAAGGAGGAAAGGCAGGAGGCCGAGGAGAGGAGAGGACAGCCAAAACCGUUUAAUCUAAUCGGACGAGGGGGACGGAGACUCAUUAAACGCCGCUACAAAGACGCCAAGACUUACUCGGACCGGAAACCGUCGACAUUUUUCGUUCAAACAGUCACUUUAUUUCACCCUCUCGCGAGAAAUUCAUCAUUUUUAAGCAGCAAUGGCUCAAGAGACCAACCAGAGCCCAGUCCCCAUGCUUUGUGCCAUGGGCUGUGGUUUCUAUGGCAACCCACGAACCAAUGGCAUGUGCUCUGUGUGUUACAAGGAACACCUGACGCGACAGCAGAGCAGCGACCGCAUGAGCCCCCUCAGCCCGAUGGGCUCCACUGCUAGUCCUACCUCAGAGGCCUCAGCCAUUCAGAGACUAGAAGCCAGUCUAGCAAAGGUUGAAGCCUCUCCUGCCUCUUCACCAGACAUGUCUCGGGCCGUUCAAGGAUCUCUUCCUGUAACUCAACAGAUGACAGAAAUGAGCAUCUCCAGAGAGGAGAAGUCUGAACCUCUAGAGCCUGUUGUAAAUCAGCCUGCUGCAUCUAGCCUGACUCCUGUAGCUUCUUCCAGCUCUGAAGAAGGCAAGGGUGACACCCCCAAACCCAAGAAGAACAGGUGCUUUAUGUGUCGCAAAAGGGUGGGCCUUACAGGGUUCGACUGUCGCUGUGGCAACCUGUUCUGUGGCAUCCACCGAUACUCCGACAAGCACAACUGUCCCUAUGAUUACAAAGCCGAGGCUGCCGCCAAGAUCCGUAAAGAAAAUCCUGUGGUUGUGGCUGACAAGAUCCAGAGAAUAUAGAGUUGGAGAGAAAAGGAAAAGAAAAAAAUGGCUGUAUUGUCAAUGAGGAAACACCAUAAGAAAGACUGGAGUGUGAUUGUGAACCUUUGAAAUGAACACCGUCAUGAGUGGCUAACAGGAUCAAGAGGACUUGACUUACAAAAUCACAAACUCAAGAAAGUAAUGGAUAAAAAGAAGAAAAAACAAAAGAUCCUGUCUGGGGUGAUGCAUGAAUGAUCACUUUUUCUCCUUUUUUUUUUGUUUGUUUUUGUAAUCAUUUAUUAGUUUUAUUCAGAUUUUUGUGGUGUGAACUUGCCUCUGUUGAGCCCUUUCUUUUCUAAGACUAUAUGUUGUCUUAUUAAGAGCAGACCAGGCAAAAUGUCCAGGAAUGCGCUGUGCUUCACCCACCCCUGCCAGGUGACAUUUUGUGCCAAACAAGUCAUUUCACUGAACCCUGCAGUGUGUCAGACACAGGCAGGUCUCUCAAAAACAUUCAGACAAUAUAGAGAAAAAGGCUGCACCAGACCCUCAACCGUUAAAAACACUUUCCAUGUCACAAUCCUUUAUUGGUUUGUCUUUCCUAGAUUUAUCUACCUCAGAGCGGCUGUAUUGCACUACAUUGCCUUCCCCUUAGUCGUGGUUUUGACCCCAGCAGAAUAGUGGAUCAUCGUGACACUCAUCCUUGUUGACCCUUUGAUCCGUUCGCCUGUAUUGACGAUGAUUGGUUGUGCUGACACUGUUUCAGUCAGACCUAGAGGCAUCAUGCUAAUUAGGGUAAAAAUCUAACGCAACCCCACUUUCUUUGUAAUCUGAACAUUUAAAAUGGACUUGCUAACCGAGGCAUCUGAUUGGUCCGGUGUCAGAUUGUAAUGCAACACCUGGUGCAGGGCUGUGUGCAUUAAAGUGAGAGGAAACGCAACACCCGUUCCUGAUGAGCCUGGUGGGGGAUUUUUAGGCUACAGUGUUGUAGGGGCAUAAAUGAACGGAUUAAAUGCAUGAGUUACUUUUCAUCUGCAUUGGUGUUUUUAAAGUAUCGCUCAUUUGGGGGUUGGGGGAGUUUUAUUUCCAGAUAAUUUUCUGAUAUGUGGUUUUAUUAUUUUUUGUUUGUUUUCAUUUUGUUGAUGUUGGCACAUGAAUUCAGUGCAUUUUGGGGGGAAUCUUUUUUUUUUUGUUUAUUUGUUUUCAUGUGCUAACAUAACAUUCAUGUGAGCACAGACUGUGGGUGUGUGUGUGGGUGUGUUGUCCCCUGACCCCUUUAGCUGUUGAGCUACCUGGUUUAUCAGCACAUGUUUACAGAAGUACAGGAGCAUGCCAGAGCUAGAUUUAUGAAAAUUAAUAGAAACAAAGAUUAGAUGUAACUUCUCAUCUGUCUAUUGGUCUGUUUGUCUGCUUUAGGAUGCCGUAGAGGAUGUGUGAGUGGGUGUGUAUUUGUGCGCGUGCAUGUGCACAUACCUGUGCAAAAGUAUGUUUUUCAUAGCUGGCUGACACACGUAUGUCUGACUGGUUCCUUUUCCCUGUAAGGAUGUUUUUCUUUUAAAUGAUAACUAUGUAUCUGCUUGAGUUUCUUUUCUGACUUAGUUAUAUGCAAAUUUGUACAAAAAUGAAAAAAAGAGCAAACUGUGUUAAUAUUUAUGUAUUACGUAUAAUCUUGCUAUCCAGCAGUACAACAGAAUAGUAUCAUGUAAAUAAAACUGUACAGAGAGAGAUAA